AUGGGAUGGAUGGCUGCUGCUGCUGCUGCUGCUGCUGCUAUUGGUACUGGUACUGGUACAGCAUGCGAACCAAGAGUCGUCACGGCUUUCAAACCUGACUUUACCAAAUUUGGACAUUUAUUCGAUACAACGACAGGGGGAAAUGACUUUACAUUUUGGUCCAAAUAUCCCAACCAUGCUACUGUAGUGUCCGAGCUCUACCAGGUUGAAACCUCAAGCUGA